UUGACAAAUUACAGGAAAGGAAACAUCCCAAAAUCAAAUCGGCCGGCUCGACGGCGCGUCACCAUCCCUCAUCGCCAGCGGGGCGUCACCAUCUCUCAUCGCCGGCGGCGCAGUUGCCGCUCCGCCACCGUGCUCCCUCGCCGAUCGCCGCCCAACCAGUCGGUUGGGAUCGGCAGAAUUCCAAGGAGGCGAUUCAACGACUCCAAAGAUACUAGACGUCUAGGGUGCAACAACCAUAUGCAGCGAAGGACACUACUACGACUUCUUCCUCGUAUCCAUUCACAGAACAUCAGAGCAAGAACCCUAACCGUAUCAGUGGGAGAAGGAGACGAACCUCUGUAUGCGGACGUACCGAGGCCGAGUCGGAACAAGUCCGAGAGGAAACCGUACCCGACGCCCAUGAAAGUUCUGAUUCGGAGGGCGAAGGAGGAGAGAGAAGCUCGAAAGGCUAACCCGUGUCGAGUGCUUGAAGAUGCCCCUGAUAAUGGUCUACUUGUUCCUGAACUCGUUGAUGUGGCUCACCGAGUCUACCGAGCGAGAGAGACAGUCCUGUUUGGAAUAUCGAAACUCCUCGAUGUCAUUCCCCUCCAACGAUGCAGGCACUGCUUUGAGGUUCAUGUCGGUUGCGUGGGUCAUGAAAUACGGACGUGCACCGGCCCCCAAAGUGGUUUCAGAAGCGCUACUCAUGUAUGGCGAAGGGGAGGAGUCCAAGAUGUUAUUUAUUUUCCAAAAUGCUUCCAUCUAUAUGACCGUGUUGGAAAACCAAGAGUCGGGCAUGAUGAGAGGCAUUCUGUCCGGCGUAUCCCCGCUGUUGUGGAGCUAUGUAUACAAGCUGGUCUAGACCUUGAAAAAUACCCUACAAAGAGAAGAACCAAACCUGUUUAUUGUAUAGAAGGUAGAAUUGCAGACUUCGAAACAGAGACAGAAAUAGAUGAAACGAAAAGUGGCCUAGAUAUAGUUUUGGGGACAAUGAAUGAAGAAGUGGGUGGUGUAAAUUUGGAUAGUUUGAUUGAUUCUGAGCCCAUCGCUGUAGAUGGAAAAGAAGGUAAUGUGAGGGUUUCAAGCGUUGUGACAUUAGAAUCCUGGUUUGAGAUGAUAUCAGGUGUGAGGAAGAUCAUGGAGAAGUAUGGUGUUCAGACAUGUGGAUACUGUCCCGAGGUCCAGGUGGGGCCUAAGGGACAUAAAGUGAGAAUGUGUAAGGCAUCAAAACACCAGUCUCGCAAUGGCUUGCAUGCAUGGCAAGAAGCAACUAUAGAUGAUUUUGUGGGGCCCAACUACGUCUGGCACGUGCGUGAUCUAAAUGGGCCUGCGUUGGAUAACAACUUGAAAAGGUAUUAUGGCAAGGCUCCGGCUGUGGUAGAACUGUGUGUGCAAGCCGGGGCUCCAGUUCCAGAUCAGUAUAGGAGUAUGAUGAGAGUGGAUGUGGUUCCUCCUGGUCGUGAUGAAGUUGAUCUUGUUGCUUGAUAACUGACUCUUGUGGACAUACCACAGGUUCCUUGACAUAUGAGCGAAACCAUACAAAACAAUACCAAGCGUUGUGUACCAAUCAAUUUGGGUCUACUCUGCUAGAUGGAUCUAUUUUCUCCAUUCUGCUCCAUCUGAGGGCUAUAGCCAAGCCUUGUGUCCCCAAGCAUCUGAGUUAUUUCCGUUGUAUAGGUUAUGAAUCCAUUCAAUGGGAAUGCACCAAACUAUAAUAUGCAUGAAACAGAUUUUGCUUUGUUCAAUUGAAUUGUUGAUCAUACCUUGAGGGACCUUUCGAUUGAUUGCUUUAGACAUCAAUGAGUUCUGAUAAGGCUCAUGAAGAGGCAGGUUUUGGCUCAGCUUUCGGCAUUUGCGGAUUAUUGGCACUGCCAUGGUGCUGAGACGUGAGAGUUUCUCUUGUUUCCUCCCCUAAAACUUAGUAACUCUUUUCCGGAUGUCUUGGUGAGGAACUAGGGGGGCCCACUGAGCUAGUGUGUAGAACUGCUUUCAAAGCUCAUGAUUUUGUACGUGCUUUUCUUUUGUGAUGUUGUAAAGGUGAUUUCCAGAAUGAAUUCUCUUCUCCACUUUCUUUUUUUUUUUUUGUGGUCUGAUGAAACGGCAUUAGUUUGCCGGUGGGGCGGUGACGGUUUUGGUUUUGGUUUCCUUCUACACUUGUAUUUCAGUUUCCAGUUGUUAGGUUUCAAUGGUAUUUGUCAUGUGUUGUAUAGAGAUUAUUAAUUUUGUUUGGGAAAGAUUGAUUGACAGUAGAUCA